AUGACUUCUUCCAAUUCCGAUUUGGUUCGUACUAUUGAAUCCGUACUCGGAAUUUCUCUCGGCGAUUCCGUUUCUGAUUCGGUUGUUCUCAUCGCCACUACCUCCGCCGCCGUAAUAAUUGGACUUCUGGUGUUUUUAUGGAGGAAAUCGUCCGAUCGGAGCAGAGAGUUGAAGCCAGUUAUAGUUCCGAAGUUUUCGGUGAAAGAGGAAGACGAUGAGGUCGAUGUUGGUCCUGGAAAGACUAAAGUUACUGUGUUCUAUGGUACUCAAACUGGUACUGCUGAGGGAUUCGCUAAGGCAUUGGCAGAGGAGAUCAAGGCAAGAUAUGAAAAAGCAGUUGUCAAAGUUGUCGAUAUGGAUGAUUAUGCCAUUGAUGAUGAUCAAUAUGAAGAGAAGCUGAAGAAAGAAACUCUAGUAUUUUUCAUGCUAGCAACUUAUGGAGAUGGAGAACCAACUGACAAUGCUGCAAGAUUCUAUAAGUGGUUUACCGAGGGUAAAGAGGAGAGGGGCACCUGGCUUCAACAGCUCACAUAUGGAGUUUUUGCCCUUGGUAACAGGCAAUAUGAACAUUUUAAUAAGAUAGGUAAAGUUGUUGAUGAAGAUCUCAUUGAACAAGGUGCAAAGCGUCUUGUUCCAGUUGGACUAGGUGAUGAUGAUCAAUCCAUUGAGGAUGAUUUUAAUGCCUGGAAAGAAACUCUGUGGCCUGAGUUGGAUCAGUUGCUUCGAGAUGAGGAUGAUGUGAAUACCGUGUCUACUCCCUAUACAGCUGCUAUUUCUGAAUAUCGAGUAGUGAUUCAUGACCCCACUGUCUCGCCAUCUUAUGAGAAUCAUUUCAAUGUGGCAAACGGGGGUGCUGUAUUUGAUAUUCAUCAUCCUUGCAGGGUGAAUGUUGCUGUUCGAAGGGAGCUUCACAAACCUCAGUCUGACCGUUCUUGCAUACAUUUGGAGUUUGAUUUAUCAGGGACUGGCGUAACAUAUGAAACUGGAGACCACGUGGGUGUUUAUGCUGAGAACUGUGAUGAAACUGUUGAAGAAGCUGGGAAGUUGUUGGGUCAGAAUUUAGAUUUGCUUUUUUCUCUUCACACCGACAAUGAAGAUGGCACUUCCCUAGGUGGUUCUCUUCUACCUCCUUUCCCUGGUCCUUGCACUGUGCGCACUGCAUUAGCAUGUUAUGCAGAUCUCUUGAACCCCCCACGAAAGGCUGCUUUAGUUGCAUUAGCUGCUCAUGCUUCUGAGCCUAGUGAAGCAGAAAGAUUGAAGUUUCUCUCAUCUCCUCAGGGAAAGGAUGAAUACUCCAAAUGGGUUGUUGGAAGCCAGAGAAGUCUCAUUGAAGUGAUGGCUGAUUUUCCAUCAGCAAAACCUCCCCUCGGUGUGUUUUUUGCUGCCAUAGCCCCUCGUUUGCAGCCUCGUUAUUAUUCUAUUUCAUCCUCUCCUAGGCUUGCCCCACAAAGGGUACAUGUAACUUGUGCUCUGGUAGAAGGUCCAACUCCGACUGGCAGAAUUCACAAAGGAGUAUGUUCAACCUGGAUGAAGAAUGCUAUUCCGUUGGAGAAAAGUCGUGAUUGUAGCUGGGCUCCCAUAUUUAUCAGACCAUCAAAUUUCAAGCUACCAGCUGAUCAUUCAAUUCCUAUUAUUAUGAUUGGACCUGGUACUGGUUUGGCACCUUUUAGGGGAUUUUUACAGGAGAGACUUGCCCUCAAAGAGGAUGGUGUUCAACUUGGUCCUGCAUUACUCUUCUUUGGAUGCAGAAACCGUCAAAUGGAUUUUAUUUAUGAGGAUGAGCUAAAUAAUUUUGUGGAACAAGGUGCUCUGUCAGAGUUGAUAGUUGCAUUCUCUAGAGAGGGACCUGAAAAGGAGUAUGUUCAGCACAAAAUGAUGGAUAAAGCAGAAUACUUGUGGAGUCUGAUUUCUCAGGGUGGUUAUCUUUAUGUCUGUGGUGAUGCCAAGGGCAUGGCUAGAGAUGUUCAUCGAAGUCUUCAUACCAUUGUCCAGCAGCAGGAAAAUGGCGACUCUUCAAAGGCAGAGGCUACAGUGAAAAAACUCCAGAUGGAUGGACGUUACCUAAGGGAUGUCUGGUGA